AUGAAAAUGAAUAUUGUUGAUCUCCUUGCGGCAUUACCGGAUCGCUCGACUACCGAAAAGCUUGUCUCAGACUAUUUUGACUCUCAAGAGCCCUCAUUAAGUAUAGAGCCAUCCUCAGUCUGUGACGAGUUUUGGCAGGCUCCAACCAAAGUAUCUCCAGCAUGGCUAGCAAUCCUAUACGGCAUUAUUUCAUGUGCACAGUGGAUUGACCACAUCAUCAACGUGGACUCACCAGUCACCAAACCUGACGGAUUCAAACCAUUUGACCUAUUCGACCUAUAUCGGAAGCAAUGCGCGCUCUGUCUCGCCAACUCAAACUACACCCACCCAGGAAAAUACAAAGUCGAAGCUCUUGGCUUAUACCUAGGUCUGGAAUACCUUCACAGCAACAACCUGAAAACAAGCGUCUCGGUCCUUCUAGCAAUUGCCAUUCGACUCGCCACUCUAAUGGGCUACCACCGUGAUGCAAAACCCUACUCGCAGGUCACUGUCUUCGACGCCGAGAUGCGUCGCCGGGUAUGGUUAUUCCUUCAAGUAACCGACUCCGUCGUUGCAUGGCAAACUGGUGUCCCACGUAUAAUCUCCCAGAAAAUAGGUGAUACAGCCUUUCCCACCAAUCUUCUCGAUGAUGAUUUCGGUCCAACAGAUACAAAACUACCACCUCCACGCCCAAACACCCAUUUGACAAGCGGUGUCAUCUACCUCAUCGCCAGAGAACAUAUCAUGUCAGCCAGCAGUGAUAUCACAGAUAAAAUGUCCAUGAAAACAUUAUCACACGAAGAAACAACCCAUCUCAACCAACAGCUCGAGCAAGCAAGGGAUAAAGUCCCACCCUUCUUGAGAAUAACCAACCCCAACACAAAUCAAGAUCUCAAUCUCCAUCGCUAUACACUUGAAAUCACAUUCCAACGAACAAGAUGUAUCCUACACAGACAGUACCUUGUCACACACCGAAAUGAACAAAAAUACAAACCUCUCCACCAGAUCUGCGUCGAUUCAGCCCGGCAAAUCCUCCACCACCAAUCAAACCUUUUCCAAGGAAUUGUUCAUCAGGCUCGACUUUAUUCUCGAACUUGUUUCAGUGCAUCAUUGUCCAUAAGUGAUUGUCUCACUGCUGCUAUGGUCAUUUGUUUCGAGAUCAUAUGUCUAUCCCGGGAACAUCCCGCGGAUAGUAGUCGUGCUGAUCUUAUUCGACUUUUGCAGAAUUCAUGCGAAACUUGGAGAUGUUUUCCCAAGGCCUCGUUUGAGACUUCCAAGGCGGCUGAGACUAUUGCUUCCAUGCUUGCUUUGGUGCAUUUGGAUGAUAGCCAUGGUGCUGUUGAAUUUCCGGUGUCGGUUCAAAGGGGUGGGGCUGAGUUGCGCUCUCCUGUCUCGAUGACUGGAGAUACGGGGACAGGGGCAUUUUUGAAUGUGUUGAAUGGGGAUUCUACACUUGAGAUGUUUGAUUGGGUAAGACCUGGUUGUGUUUUGAAAUGGCAUUUGAAAAGUAAGAUUUGA